AUGGGUAGUGAUUAUUCAGAUGAGAGUGGGAAGGUAAAGUAUCCAUCAUUUGUCCCCCCUAAGAAGUUUAAUGACUAUAAGUGGGUGUUAGGGAGCUUGUUUUCAACAAGGGAAGCGUUCAAGGAAGCUGUGUCAAGUUAUGAUGUUUACAAUGGUAGGGAUUUAAGAUACCUGAAGAAUGACAAGACUAGGGUCAUAGUGGGUUGCAAGGAAGGUUGUGGAUGGGUGAAUUUGUGUUCUAAAUUGCCACAUGAGGAUACUUGGCAAUUAAGAACAUUAAAUGAUAAUCACACUUGUAGUAGAGAGUAUAAUGUUAGGAUGUUUAAUACAAAUUGGCUAGGGAAGAAGUUGUAUUCAACAGUUAGAAUUAACCCUAAUGUAAAACUGACUUCUAUUUGUGACAAAGUACAUGAAAAAUGGAAUGUUAGAAUGAAUAGGAUGAAAGCUUAUAGGGCAAGAAAGGCAACACUAGAUAUGGUUGAAGGGUCUUUCAAGGAGCAAUAUAGAAGACUUUAUGACUAUACACAUGAGCUACUGAGGUCUAACCCAAACAACACCAUCAAGAUCAAUGUCCAAGCAACUAAUGUGGAUCCUACUGAAAUUGAACUACAACGUGAAGAUUAUGUUAGCAGGCCAUUACUACCAAGUUUCCAUAGACUUUAUAUGUGCCUUCAAGCUUGCAAGAAAGAUUUCCAAGUUUGUAGACCAAUAAUAAGAAUAGAUGAGGGCAACUAUGGUGGGCAGAUUCUUGCAACAGUUGGGAGAGACCCUAAUGAUCAAAUGUUGCCCAUUGCAUUGGCUGGACUGUUACCUGCAAUAGAGGAGUUAUUGCCUGGAGUUGACCAGAGAUUUUGUGUUAGACAUCUAUAUAGCAACUUUAGAAAAAGGUUUCCAGGCAAGCAAUUGAAGGAAUUAAUGUGGAGGGCAGCAAAGGCAACCUAUCCCCAAGCAUGGGAUAAGGAAAUGAGGGAGAUGAGAAAGGUUAAUGAGGAAGCAUACAAGCAUUUGUUGAAGAUUCCUCCUAGAUUUUGGAGUAAAUCACAAUUCAAAUAUACCACAAAAAGUGAUGUGUUGGUGAACAAUAUGUCUGAAACUUUUAAUAGUGUUAUUAUUGGACCAAGACAAAAACCAAUUGUAACAAUGAUGGAAGAGAUCAGAGGGUACCUCAUGGAUAGAUGGGCAACUAAUAGAGCCAAGAUUGAAGAGUAUAGUGAGUCUGUACUACCAAGAAUUAAGAAGGUGCUAGAAAGAAGGCAAGAAAUCUCAAGGUUUUUUAUAGCAAGGUUAUCAGGCAACAUGAUUUAUGAAGUGAGGCAUACUAGUGUGACUGGGGAGAAAUUCACAAUUGACCUCAAUAAGUUUGAGUGCUCUUGUAGGAGUUGGAUGCUGACUGGGAUUCUAUGCCACCAUGCAAUUUCUUGCAUCCUCAGUAGAUUUGAAGACCCUACUGAGUACAUUCCUUCCUGGUUUAGGAAGGAGACAUACCAAGCUUGCUAUACACCUUUGAUAUAUCCAACAAAUGGGGAGAACUUGUGA